UCUUCACCGCCCGUUAUAAGUUAGAUAAUCGGCAGACGUGACUGACACGAAAUUGAAAACCUUAGAUUUCUCAAUCGGGAGGCUUUCUUUUUUCCGGCGACAGAGAAAAGAACAAAGAGAAGAAGAUGUCGACUCGAAUAACUCCUGGUGUAGGAGCUAAUCUUCUCGGCCAACACGCCACUGAAAGGAACCAAGACGCCACCAUCUACGUCGGAAAUCUCAGUCCUCAGCUUUCUGAAGAUUUGCUUUUGGAAUUGUUCGUACAAGCCGGACCAGUUGUUAGCGUCUUUAUUCCAAAAGAUAAGGUGACAAAUCUUCAACAAACAUUUGGAUUCGUUCAAUUCCGUAAUGAGGAAGAUGCUGACUAUGCAAUUAAGGUUUAUAACAUGAUUAAGCUCUAUGGGGAGCCUAUACGUGUUAAAAAGGCAUCUCAAGAUAAGAAGAGCUUGGAUGUUGGUGCUAACCUUUUUAUUGGAAACCUUGAUCCUGAUGUGGAUGAAAAGAUGUUGUAUGAUACUUUUAGCGCGUUUGGUAUGGUUGCUGAUCAUCCUAAGAUAAUGCGAGAUCCCGAUACUGGAAACCCACGAGGUUUCGGUUUCAUUAGCUAUGACUCUUUUGAGGCAUCUGAUGCUGCUAUUGAGGCAAUGAGUGGACAAUAUCUGAGUAGUCGUCAAAUAACAGUCUCUUAUGCAUACAAGAAAGACACCAAAGGAGAGCGACACGGUACUCAAGCAGAGAGGCUUUUGGCUGCUACAAAUCCAAGUUCCCAAAGAAGCAGACCCCAUACGCUAUUCGCAAGUGGCCCCUCUACGCAGAUUAAUGCUCCUAAAGUUAACGGUCUACCACGUCCGUUCGCUAAUGGAGGUAUGCAGCCUGUCCCGAUCCCGGCUCCACAUCCACCACCACCACCACAAGUGUAUCAAACUCAGCCACCAUCUUGGCCUUCUCAGCCACAACAACACGGCUUAGUGGUUCCACCACCGCCCAUGCAAUUCCGUCCGCCUCAAGGUAUGCAGCCGCAACCACCACCUCCUCAGUUUCAUCAUCACCAACAAGGUUUCGGUGUUCCAAGGCCGCCACCACCAUAUCAAGCCAUGGGAAUGCACCAACAUGGCUGGCCACUCCAACAUAUACAGCAAGGUGUACCACCACCACAACAACUACCUAUGCACCAUCAUCAUCACAUGUCUAUACCUCCACCACCACCACCACACCAAGGUUGAUGAAUGAUGAUCAUCUUUUGAGUCUUGGACCAAAUCAAUACAUUGUUCUAAAAAUCUCCGCAUACCUUCUAUUACUCUCCGCUUAAUCGCUAGACCCACCCUAUAUGCCUCGAUUAAUGACUAAUAACUACAAGAAAACAGCUAAAAUCUUACGGAUGUUUCCGUCAAUUUUCCGUCAGAAACAGCUAUAUAACCCAACAGAAAACCGUCGGUUCUAGAGUGUCGGUAAUUCAUCAGAAAUCAGAAAUUACCGACGGAUUUUCGAGGGGAAUAUUACCAACGGGUUACUGAUAGACAUUAUUGUCACUAAAGCCAUCGGGAAUCCGUCGGUAUACCUCAUCGAUAAUCCGUUGGUUGUAAUUUCCUUACGGAUUACCGAUGGUUUAUCGCUAAUAAAAUAACCAACUUUCUCCGUUACUACCGACAGAUAACUGAGGGAUGUUACGAAAAAUCUCCGUCAUUACCAAUGGAUAACUGAGGGAUGUUACGAAAAAUCUCCGUCACCGACGGAUAACUGAGGGAUGUAACGAAAAAUCUCCGUCAUUACCGACGGAUUACUGAAGGAUGUUACAAAAAAUCUCCGUCAAAACCGACGGAUUACUGAGGAAUGUUACGAAAAAU